AUGAAUUAGGAUAAAUAAAGAAAUCUUUAUUGGAAUCAUUUUAUUGCUGGUUUAGUAGGUGGAUUUAUUAGUGUAACUGUUUGUCAUCCUUUAGAAGUAGCUAGAAGUAGAUUAAACUUACAGGUAUCAAAAAUAUACAAUUUAAGAAUGCUACUAAAUCUGUUAAUAAAUAUAGUGGAUUUCUGAACACACUUUAUGUAAUAUUUAAAGAAGAGGGAAUUUAUGGUUACUAUAAAGGUAAUAAAAGCAUUUAAUAUUUUAAAAUAGGUUAUAGAGCUACUGCUAUUGCAAAUCCUUUAUUUCAUUCUCUAUUCUUUCCUUUAUAUCAAUGGAACAAGGAAAUAUUGGAAAUCAAAUAUUAAAUAUCUGGUUUUUAUAAUCAUGCUAUUGCAACUGUUCUAACUGGAUUUUUAUGUGAUUUAAUAACCAAUCCAUUAUGGGUAUAUUUUUAGUUAUAUUAUUUUUAGCUAAUUAGAACUAGAAUGCAAACAGAAUAUUUGCAUGAUCAUAAUCAUGUAAAAUAUAAAUCAGUAUUUGGUGGACUUCUAGCUAUGUAUAAAGAAGUAUUUUAAAAAUUUUUAAUUUUAGGAAGGAUUUUUUUCUUUAUUUAAGGGUUUGGGAGCUACAGUUUUAGGAUUAUCUCAUGUUGCUGUUUAAUUUCCAAUUUAUGAAAAAUUAAAAACAGAUUAUAUUGAUGAGAAUGGAUAAUUAUCACCAAUUGAUAUUCUUAAAGCUUCAAUACUUUCUAAAUGUAUAAUUUAUUUUAACAAUAUUUAAAUUAGCUAUUGCUGUAAUUGCAACAUAUCCUCAUGUAGUAAUUCGAACAAGAUUACAUGAUAAUAAAACUAUAUAUAAAAAUGGAUUUAGCUCUAGAAUCAAAAUUAUUGAUAUUUGUAAAACUAUUUAUGAGCAAGACUCAUUUAAAGGAUUUUAUAAAGGUCUCAUACCUGAUUUAAUUAGAGUAUUACCUUCAAAUAGCAUCACUUUUCUUGUUUAUGAACUCUUCAGUAAGUAUCUUGUAUAAAAAUUUUGA